GGAGCCGACCGGGGCGGGUCGCGCGUUCGACACUGCCGGUGCGGUUGGUCCUCCCCCAUCCCGCCCGCGGCGGCGGGCUGUUGCAGCGUUGCAGAGUGAGUCCUUCCGUCCCGCACUCACAGCUUGGCGUCAGAGAGGCUGGGUCUGCCGCCGGGGCUUGAGGAUGGGGGAGUAGCUGCAGGAAGCGACCCCGCGACUCCAAGGUGUACUUUUGUGGGAUGAAAAGGAGGUAUUAGAAAUGAGCUGAAGACCAGUUAUGGAUUAACAUUUUUGGAGACAAUUUUGUGAUGCUUGAUUCACCCUUGAAGUAAUGUGGACAGAAAUUCUCAAAUUCACAUAUAUCCACUGGAACCAGCAGUGUAUCCUAAUGUUCACUUGAACCAGAACUUGUAUAAGAAAAAGAAUGGGAGUCUGGUUAAAUAAAGAUGACUAUAUCAGAGACUUGAAAAGGAACAUUCUCUGUUUUCUAAUAGUGUAUAUGGCCAUUUUAGUGGGCACAGAUCAAGAUUUUUACAGUUUACUUGGAGUAUCUAAAACAGCAAGCAGUAGAGAAAUAAGACAAGCUUUCAAGAAAUUGGCAUUGAAGUUACAUCCUGAUAAAAACCCGAAUAACCCAAAUGCACAUGGUGAUUUUUUAAAAAUAAAUAGAGCAUAUGAAGUGCUCAAAGAUGAAGAUCUACGAAAAAAGUAUGACAAAUAUGGAGAAAAGGGACUUGAGGAUAAUCAAGGAGGCCAGUAUGAAAGCUGGAACUAUUAUCGUUAUGAUUUUGGUAUUUAUGAUGAUGAUCCUGAAAUCAUAACAUUGGAAAGAAGAGAAUUUGAUGCUGCUAUUAAUUCUGGAGAACUGUGGUUUGUAAACUUUUACUCUCCAGGCUGUUCACACUGCCAUGAUUUAGCACCCACAUGGAGAGACUUUGCUAAAGAAGUGGAUGGAUUACUUCGAAUUGGAGCUGUCAACUGUGGUGAUGAUAGAAUGCUUUGCCGAAUGAAAGGAGUCAACAGCUAUCCCAGCCUCUUCAUUUUUAGGUCUGGAAUGGCUACAGUGAAAUAUCAUGGAGACAGAUCAAAGGAGAGUUUAGUGAGUUUUGCAAUGCAGCACGUUAAAAGUACAGUGACAGAACUAUGGACAGGAAAUUUUGUUAAUGCCAUACAAACUGCUUUUGCUGCUGGUAUUGGCUGGCUGAUCACUUUUUGUUCCAAAGGAGGAGAUUGUUUGACUUCACAGACACGACUCAGGCUCAGUGGCAUGUUGGAUGGUCUUGUUAAUGUAGGAUGGAUGGAUUGUGCUACCCAAGACAACCUUUGUAAAAGUUUGGAUAUUACAACAAGUGCCACUGCUUAUUUUCCUCCUGGAGCCACUUUAAAUAACAAAGAGAAAAGCAGUAUUUUGUUUCUUAAUUCAUUGGAUGCUAAAGAAAUAUAUUUGGAAAUAAUACAAAAUCUUCCAGAUUUUGAACUACUUUCUGCGAACAUGCUAGAGGAUCGUUUGGCCCAUCAUCGGUGGCUAUUAUUUUUUCAGUUUGGAAAAAAUGAAAAUUCAAAUGAUGCUGAGUUGAAAAAACUGAGAAAUCUACUUAAAAAUGAUCAUAUUCAAGUUGGCAGGUUUGACUGUUCCUCUGCACCAGACAUCUGUAGUAAUCUCUAUGUUUUUCAGCCAAGUCUAGCAGUAUUUAAAGGACAGGGAACCAAAGAAUAUGAAAUUCAUCAUGGAAAGAAGAUUCUGUAUGAUAUACUUGCCUUUGCCAAAGAAAGUGUUAAUUCUCAUGUUACCACACUUGGACCUCAAAAUUUUCCUGCCAAUGACAAAGAACCAUGGCUUGUUGAUUUUUUUGCCCCUUGGUGUCCACCAUGUCGAGCUUUACUACCAGAAUUACGAAGAGCAUCAAAUCUUCUUUAUGGUCAGCUUAAGUUUGGUACACUAGAUUGUACAAUUCAUGAGGGACUCUGUAACAUGUAUAACAUUCAGGCUUAUCCAACAACAGUGGUAUUCAACCAGUCCAACAUUCAUGAGUAUGAAGGACAUCACUCUGCUGAACAGAUCUUGGAGUUUAUAGAGGAUCUUAUGAAUCCUUCAGUGGUCUCCCUUACACCCACCACUUUCAACGAACUAGUUACACAAAGAAAACACAACGAAGUUUGGAUGGUUGAUUUCUAUUCUCCAUGGUGUCAUCCCUGUCAAGUCUUAAUGCCAGAAUGGAAAAGAAUGGCCCGGACAUUAACUGGGCUGAUCAAUGUGGGCAGUAUAGACUGCCAACAGUAUCACUCUUUUUGUGCCCAAGAAAAUGUUCGGAGAUACCCUGAGAUAAGAUUUUUUCCCCCAAAAUCAAAUAAAGCUAAUCAGUAUCAUAGUUACAAUGGUUGGAAUAGAGACGCUUAUUCCCUAAGAAUCUGGGGUCUAGGAUUUUUACCUCAAGUGUCCAUAGAUCUAACACCUCAGACUUUCAAUGAAAAAGUUUUACAAGGAAAAAAUCAUUGGGUGGUUGAUUUCUAUGCUCCUUGGUGUGGACCUUGCCAAAAUUUUGCUCCAGAGUUUGAGCUCCUGGCUAGGAUGAUUAAAGGAAAAGUGAAAGCUGGAAAAGUAGACUGUCAGGCUUACUCUCAGACAUGCCAGAGAGCUGGUAUCAGAGCCUAUCCAACUGUUAAAUUUUAUUUCUAUGAAAGAACAAAGAGAAAGUUUGGGGAAGAGCAAAUAAAUGCCAGAGAUGCAAAAGCAAUUACUGCCUUAAUAUUUGAAAAAUUGGAAACUCUCCAAAAUCAAGAAAAGAGAAAUAAGGAUGAACUUUGAUGAUGUUGAAGAUGAAGAAAAACUUAAAAAGAAAUUCUGACAAAUGACAUCAGAAGAUACCUUUUUAGAAUAUUACAACAUUCGUGGUGGGAAUAAAUGAACAUUAUCUUGGACUUGUAAUUGAUUGUACUGCCAGAAUGGUAUAAAGGGUCUGCAAACUUCUAUAAAAGGCCAGAUCAUAAAUAUUUUUGGCCUUGCAGAACAUAUAUGGUCUUUGUCACAUAUUAUUCUUUGUUUUUUGUUUUUUUUAAACAACCCUUUAAAAAACAGAGAAACCAUUCUUAACUCAGGGUCAUACAAAAAUAAGCCACGGGGCUGUAAGACUGUGGACCCCUAGAAUUGAUGUUUUGGGUGACUGGCUCUAACAUGAGCCUGCUCUGCUUUUAUCUACAUAAAUGUCAAAGAUAUAUAAAGUGCACUUUUCACCUAAAGUUUUGUGGCUAGCCUGAAAAGAGGCAACUUGGUUUUCAGUUACCUGUUCUCCUAAAAAUUCUGUCUCUGACCAUACAUUGUAUUCUCAAAACAAGAUGUGAUCAAAUAAAACAUACCAUGUUAUAAUGCUA